CUCAACCCCCGCAUCCGUUCCUCCUUUCUGUCGCGUUUAUCUGCGCCUUCGUCGUUCACUGCGGCGGGGCGCGGUGCGAUCUUGUGUGGGGCUGCGCUGCGCAUCGCACGUGACGUUGACCCCAAUUUGGAGGUGUGGCCGGUCGGCUGGCAGGCUUGCUGUUUUGCGCGCGGGGUGGGUGGCUCGGCUCGGGCUCUGAGUCUCGGUUGGCAUCGCGUCUUCUGCUUCUGAUGCUCGCGGCCCCCGCCCGCCUAGCUGCCCGCAUUAUGAUGCGCGACGGCCGCGUUUGAGUCGCUCGCUUUGUCUUCUGCCGCCUGCGACGCUGCUGGGGGCUCCGGGGGCCCGCCAGUCCUUCAGUUUCCGGAGCGAAGGCUCACCUGCCAUGGGUGGCAAGCAGAGCUCAGCGGGCCGCUCCCGUGCAGCCUUCCCGGGCGGCGUCUCCACGGACGACAGCGCUGUGCCAUCCGCGGCCCACUUCGGCCACUUCCGGGCAGGCGGCGCGAUGGGGAUCCGCAGCCGCUCUGUCAGCUCCGUGGCGGCCAUGGGGAUGGAGUCCUCCGGCGGCGUGCCUUUCGGCUUCUACGCCAGCCGUGCCAGCAGUGAUCCGGAAAGAGCCGGGGGAGCCUCGGAGUCGGCGGCGGGAACCGAGGUCGAGCCGCGCGGAGACGGCAUGCUGUUUCUCGGCACGGACACUUUGCCUCUGCACAUCGGACCGCGCUGGUUCAGGGCGCCGAGCGGAUUCAAGUGUCCCAUCUGCUCCAAGUCGGUGGCAUCAAAUGAGAUGGAAGUCCACUUCCUGAUGUGUCUGAGUAAACCUCGUCUUUCGUACAAUGAUGACGUCCUGAGCAAGGACACGGGCGAGUGUGUCAUCUGCCUGGAGGACCUGCAGCAAGGGGACACAAUAGCCAGGCUGCCCUGCCUCUGCAUUUACCAUAAAAGCUGUAUAGACUCCUGGUUUGAAAUUAACAGAUCGUGUCCGGAGCAUCCGUCGGACUGAAGCCGGGGUGGAAUGCCAUCACGUGGACUGCAGGGCGCUUUAUGGUGUUGGCAGAAUCUUGGACGUCUGGACAGGACCGAAACGACAAGCAAAACUGCGUAGACGAGCAAAGCAAACCUCGGCAGCUCCCUCCUGCCAACGCGCGUCAUCCUCCUCCUCCUCCCUCUGUGUUGUGCGGAAGAAGAAUGCCAGCGUCUCUGUGCCCCAGUGUGCCGCUCCGGGCUGCAAGGGCUUUGUCACCGGGAUGGCGACUUGCUUCUCGUUUUCACGCGCCGUGGCACAGCGGUAAGCUCGGGAGGCCGGUCCGAGUGGGACUGUGAGAGCUGCGGAUGGACAAGCGCCAUUUGUCUGUCGGUGUGUCUCUUCAAGUGUCGUGUGGCUGCGGCUCUCGUCUUCACGUUUUUGUCGAUGUUUCUGAUUUCCCGAAAGCAGGCGGGCGCCAAGAGGACGCUCGAGGGAGCCAGUGGGGAGGAGUGGGCGCCGAAGGGGAAGACACACGCAAGGCCGAGACGCUGCCAUCUGUACAGUCCUUCAGUCUGCCUGUUUAGACCGUAGGUGUGACGUUUAAUGACUUUGAUGUUUGACCCAUUGGCUGACAGAUUGUAAAAUAUAUAAAUAGAUAAUCGACAAACCUCUCCAUUCUUUUAAAGGGUUGCGGUUUCUUGGUGACGGUGAUUUCUUAUGUUGCAUUGAGAUGAUGUUCAAUUAAAAUGUCUAUGAAACGCA